GCCGUCUGCGGUAUCAUCGAAAAUAUUCUCAACAUUGUCAUCCUGUCUUAUCAUGGCUUCCAGGAUACAAACAAUAUCCUGCUGACAUCGUUGUCAUUCGAUUUUUUUAUUGGUUCACUGACCGAAGCCUUCUAUCGUUUGACCUACAUCAUGCUUGCAUACUAUCCUGAGAGCCGCUUAUUCUUGCUCUGUCGUCAGUACCUACUGAUAUGGAACGGCUUAUCCUUCUCACUGAGUCAACUACUAGCGGCGGUCAUCGCUGUAGAGAGACUCGCAGCCGUGUGGUUUCCCUUUCUUGUGUCCCUUGUCUUCACUCCAAGACGUGUGAUGAUUUUAAUCGUUCUGCUCCACGUCAUCACAUUCUUGUUUUUUUCGCCAGGUUUUUUAACUUACCUUGGCAUAUGGGAGAAUGUUCACAUAAAUAAUGCAACUUUUAACAUACUCUGGGUUAAAGGAUUGAGUGACGCAAAUAUUCAUGCAAUCGCUGUGUAUUUGUUGCUUUUUGGCAACACAAUCUCAUCAACUGUGCCACUUCUCAUCAUUCUUGUCUCCUCAGUUCUGACCGUGAUAAAAAUGCAUAUAAUCACAAGAGAAAUGAAAAUUCUUUCACCCUCCGCUGUUCGGUCAAAAAAGCUAAAAAUUUUGAGAGCCACCAAGAUGUUACUGGUUGUCUGUUUUUUUUCUUUUUUGGUGUGCAUUGUUUCUUUUAUUUUAGAUACAUCACCAUUGCUAUUUGGACUUCAAAAAUACUUUCACGUAGCUCAUAUGGAAAUCAGUCAUAUUUUUUACCAAUUUGACACGGUGAUCAAUUUUAUCAUUUAUGUUUCCAUGAGCUCAAAAUUUGUAAACACUUAUAAAAAGUUGUUUUGCACUUGUUGA